GUCUAAGGAUUUCUGCUCCACCAGUCUGCCUCAAAGUGACUGGAGCGCAGCGCCGCGGAGGAACUAUGCGAGGAUUAUUAUAGGACGUUUCCAAUAGCAGAAUAUGGAUUUUGAUGAGCGGAUCUCUGGCUCUAAUAUGUAUUUACCGAGCUGCACUUACUACGUCUCCGGAGCAGACUUUUCGGGUCUCCCUCAUUAUUUAACCCAGAGCCAGUCCUCUUGCCCCAUGACAUACCCCUACCAGUCCUCAGCGCUGCCACAGGUCCCGUCCGUGAGAGAUGUGGCUUUCAGAGACUAUGGGAUUGAUACUUCCAGUAAAUGGCACCACAGCAGAGGGAGCUUGUCACACUGCUACCCCGAUGACAUCGUGCACAGGGACGGCUGGACGAGCGCGACCUCCAGGGGGGGAGAGGUCCUGGUGAAAGGCAGCUCCAGCGCCAGCCACUCCUCCAGCUCCUCCAACCCGACGCCGGGCUUCUAUGGCAGCGUUGGCAGGAACGGCGUCCUGCCCCAGGCGUUUGACCAGUUCUUCGACACAGCCUACGGGAGCGCGGAGAGCAGCACGACGUCCACAGCACAAGCGACAGACACAGAGAGACACGCGGCCAAAACAAGCCCCGCUCCGGUUCACCCGGGCUCGGACACGGCGGAGAGUUGCAGCCCCAAGUCGUCCUCCGGCCACAGCGAGGAGAAACAGAGCAAAAGCAGCAGUGGCCAGAGGACGCGCAAGAAGAGGUGUCCAUAUUCAAAAUAUCAGAUCAGGGAACUGGAGAGGGAAUUCUUUUUCAGCGUUUACAUAAACAAGGAGAAGCGCAUGCAGCUCUCUCGGAUGCUCAAUCUGACAGAUCGCCAGGUCAAAAUCUGGUUUCAAAACAGAAGGAUGAAGGAGAAGAAACUGAACAGAGACCGUUUACAGUACUUCACCACUAACCCCCUACUAUAAACAUUCAACAAAGACUGACUUUCACAUGCAGCCAUUCGCACACUCAAGAUUUCACGUUACCUGGACGGGAUGACGAUUUUUUUUAAUGUGCCAGACGUUAUAAAGAAUUCUACUAUUUAUACACUAUU